AUGUCCUGGAACGACACCGACCACUCCGCGUCCAUAGCGGGGAUUGUAUCCUUCGCCACACAGACUGCUGUGAUUGUCUCAGCCGGUCUGCAUAUAUGGGCCUACAAGGACGGCUUUGAGAUUGCUUAUCGUCCAUUGCGGCCGAUCAAAGAACGGCUCGACGACGUCGUGAGCAUGCUCGAUCGCCUGGAUGACGAGGAUAAGAGGCGGAUUCGCGAGUGUUGCGAGGCGUCUCAUGACUCGCUGGGCGAACUACGGAAACGACACAAGCGUCUCGCAGUAGAGUUCAAGCGUCUAAAAUGCGAGCGCUGCGAGCGCGGAGCCAUUGGGUUACAUCUCGGAAAUAUGGUCUCUUACGUCUUCAGCACCAAGGACGAGGUCAAUCAUAUGCGGCGGCUGGCGGAACGUUUGCAUAGGGACACUAUGAGAACUACCACUAUAUACACGCGCAGUCAAGACCCGGAACAACGGAGCAACGAACUCGACACGGGAGAUGCUCCUGAGUUGACCGCGGUUCGUGUGGAGAGUCUCAAUUCAGAUGCGGAGACGCUCAGCUUUCAGUCUCAACAACCCGCCGCGGAUGAUCUUGAGGAGGAUCUUACGUCCGUGCCCCUACGCGCAUUCUUUCUCUUCGAUGACGUCGAAGAUUCGUGCUCAGACAAAGAAGUCGGGACUUUGCAUGGAUCUGAAGAGACUGUUUGUUGA